AUGGAGUCAGAAGCCACCCAAUCGAACAACAGUAUUCCAGCCCCGCCUCCCAUCAUACUUCCUGGACCUACGCUAGAAUUGAUGAACAAGUAUGUCAAGGGAUUCAGCCCUCAGCACGGCUAUCACAUAUCUAUUGGUCGAUCCUCGGUGCAGAAGAAGCAACGAUCUAAAGACCCUACAAAGGAGUCAAAGUCUUUGAAAAUCAACUGCCCAUUUACCCUCAAGGCACGAUACAAUUCGACCGACCAAACUUGGACUGUUGUUCACGUCAAUAUCACACACAAUCAUCAACCCAACGCUGAUAUCAAACUCCAAUCUACAAACACGCCACAAAUUCUCACGCUUCCUACAUCCCAACCAUCCACAGCCUCGCACAAUGACCUCAAUGCCGAGCUUGCAUUGAGAACUCUUGGCUGCGCUGAUAUUCAACCCAAGUCACCCACCUGCGAGCUUACUCCUUCAAGCACCUCUGAACCAACGGUCAACUCAUUCAUCAAGAUUUGUCACUCGAGACUUCUAGGAAUGACGGUUGAACAUCAAAAGGAGCUUAUGCAUCAAAUCGAUAGUUUGUUCAGGCAAAUUCACACCUCUGAACCCAACACCGCAAUUGAUAUUGAUACCAAUAACAAACAAGUCAAUAAUGCAGAAGACACACCUACCAGGCAAUUUGUCGGACCACCAAAUCAUCCAUCUCCUCUUGUUGGUAGCAAGUCAGAAUCCGACAAACAUAUUUAUGUAUUGUCCCGUAUCCCCUGA